CAUAGCCACAGAACAGACACGUUAACAUGGCGGCUCGAUUCCUCAACCGCGUGGCCGGCAUCGGCGCUACCAUCGGCUUUGGCGGUUUCUGCCUCCAGGAGUGCAUCUACGACGUGGACGGCGGCCACCGCGCUGUGAUCUUCGACCGCAAGGACGGUAUCCUGGACAAGUCUGUGGGCGAGGGUACGCACUUCAAGAUCCCCUUCUUCCAGUACCCUACGAUCUUGGACGUUCGCUCCAACUACCGUCUCAUCAGCUCGCGCACCGGAACCAAGGACCUGCAGAACGUCAACAUCUCGCUGCGUUGUCUGUACCGACCAAAUGCCGACAAGCUGUCGCACAUCUACGCCGAGUACGGCCCCGACUUCGCCGACCGGAUCCUGCCGUCCGUGGGUAACGAGGUGCUCAAGUCCAUCGUGGCCCAGUACGACGCCGUGGAGCUGCUGGCUCGUCGUGACCAGGUGUCAAUUCAGAUUGCCAAGGAAAUGAACGACCGUUGCCGCAACUUCUUCCUGCUGCUGGAUGAUGUGUCCAUCACCCACUUGGAGUACGGUCCGGAGUUCACGCGUGCCGUCGAGCAGAAGCAGGUGGCUCAGCAGGACGCUGAGCGUCAGAAGUUCGUCGUCAUGCGCUCUGAGCAGGAGCGUAAGGCUGCUGUUAUCAAGGCCGAGGGUGAGUCUGAGGCUGCUCGUCUCGUUUCCGAUGCCGUCUCCAAGAGCGGAUCUGGUUUCAUUGAGGUGCAGCGUAUUGAUGCCGCCCGUGAGAUCGCUGAGACGCUCGCCAAGUCGCGCAACGUUACGUACCUGCCCAACCAGGAGGGUGGCAACGGCGGUGUGCUGCUCGGCCUGCAGUAAACAGAGUCGACUCUGCGAUGGAUUGUUGAUUCGGAGCUAGUUCGCAGGGUUUUGCUCUUUAGUUGUAGUUGCUGUUGGGACCACCAUAGGAUAUUGAUGCUAGAUGAAGGAGAAGGAACCAGUAAGCAAUACAGCUGACGCAAAUGCUGCUUAUGAAGGAA